AUGAACGCACCCGAUGUUUCUCCUACCUAUCUCAGAGAUGCAGUGUCAGCCAUGUAUGCCGGUAUGUUAGUCCUCGAUCUUGUUCUCAAACCUAACACCAUAAUCUCUUUAGGUGGGACGGGGUCCACAAUGCUGAACUUUAUUAUGCACAUGCUUCGCAGAGGUCAAGUCACUGAGCUGAUACGGAGUACAGGCGUAAUGCAUACCAAUACUGCUGAGGACAUUUGGAACGGCUAUCAUAUUCCCAAAGGAACCAUCAUCAUUCCCAAUGUUGCAUUCAUGAUGCGAGACCCUCGUAUCUGGGGUGAUGAUGCCAAUGAUUUCAAACCGGAACGCUUCCUUGUAGAGUACAAUCCUCGAGCGAGCGCGCUGCCAGAUGUAGAAUCGGUGCCAUUUGGGUUCGGGAGAAGGUAUGCCAGUCCUCCCAGCUACCAAA